GAUUCGGUCGCCAUCUUGAUGUAAAAAAGAGUUGUUCGCUCGCUUGAUGAGUCGUUUGUGUUUAUGUAUAAAUCAGAACUUAUUCCUUCGGGAAUGGAAAUUAUUGCCAGAAUUUGCUUUAAAUUCGAUUUAUCAAUAUCGCAGAUCACUUAAUUAAUAUUCAUCAGCCAAACGUAUUUUCCUGUCUGUUCAAAUAGUAGGGCCUCAAAAUGUUUUACGCACAUUUUGUGCUUGCCAAAAAGGGCCCACUUGCCAGAAUAUGGCUGGCGGCCCACUGGGACAAGAAACUAACCAAAGCUCAUGUAUUUGAAACCAACAUAGAGAAGUCUGUAGAUGGUAUCCUCCAGCCUAAAGUGAAGAUGGCCCUUAGAACCUCUGGUCACCUGCUUCUUGGUGUUGUGAGAAUCUAUUCUAGGAAAGCAAAAUACCUUCUGGCAGAUUGUAAUGAAGCAUUUGUGAAGAUAAAGAUGGCAUUUAGGCCUGGUAUGGUAGAUUUGCCAGAAGAACAUCGAGAGGCAGCUGUGAAUGCUAUUACUUUGCCUGAAGUUUUCCAUGAUUUUGAUACCACAAUACCAGAAUUGAAUGAUGUAGAUAUUGAAGCCCAGUUUAGCCUGAAUCAAUCAAGAGCUGAAGAAAUUACCAUGCGUGAAGACUAUGGCAACAUUUCUUUAGUGAACAAUGAUGAUGGUUUUGGUGAUAUGGGAUUUGACACUGACACUCCAGAUCUGAUGCGCCAUGCUUCAGGACUCACUCCUUCUAUGGAACAGAGCAAUCUGCUGUUCAGCGAACCGGGCUUGGAUCCUGUAGAGUUGGAAAAAGAACCGGAGCCAGUGCCGUCCACGUCGGGCACUCAGCACCACGAGUCGGCCAUGGAGAUCGACUCGUCGGUCAGAGAUGACGGGUUCGGGGCCAACUUGGACAACAACAUGAUAUCGGGCGGGCUGUUCGAGGGCGGACUGUUCGACGACGCCCCCAUGCCGGAAGUGCCCGCCGUCGUCGAGACGGGCAUCCCGGAGCCGGUCGUGCAAGAGCUGCCGCCGGCCGCCGCCUCCGCGUUGGCCCACAGCGACGACGAUUUGGACGACGACUUGGACGACGAUUUGGACAAUUUCGGGGGACCGCCGUCGGUGGGCGGAGACAGUUCCGUCGGUUCGAGACCGCCCUCCGCUGCCCCUCCACCGCUUCCGACGGCUCCGACGCCGACGCCGUCGGUGCACUCGGUGCACCCCGAGCCGGCGUUCGAGCCGCCCCCCUCCGACGAUCCGCUGCCCGCCGUCGACCAGACCACACUGCUGCAGAACGAGGACGAGAGCUUCGCGCUGGCGCCCGUCGACGCCAGCAUGCUAAGAGACGAAUUCUACCUAGGUCUGACAAAGACCAGGAAGAAAAGGAAGUUGAUCGUCGACGAGGUGAAGAACAUCAGCGGCGAGGAGAUGAAGAACCAGCUGAGCGACACCACGGACAUCGUGACCACGCUGGAUCUGGCGCCGCCCACCAAACGGCUGAUGCACUGGAAGGAGACGGGCGGCGUGGAGAAGCUGUUCGCGCUGCCCGCUCGUAUGAUACCCGCCCGGAUUUUGUUCAAGAACUAUCAGAGGCAUCUCACGUUACGUGCAAUAGGAACAGAAGAUUUCGCCAUGUUGGGUGACGCGGAUUCCCUAGCUCUGGACCAGGCGAGAGACCACGAAGAGUCCGCUCAAACGUUGGAACCCUCUACCCCAGCCAGGAGGGGUAGAAAAAGGAAGAACGUCGAAGAACCUAGUCGAACGCCCCUCCACGUCCAAGAGGACACGCCCCUUCAGCCGCACUUGCUGCAAGUGGACGAGCACUCGAUGCACACCCCCUACCCCACCGCGCACACCCCGCUGCCGCCGCAGACGCCGCUUGCGCAGCCGCAGACGCCGCUGAUGCCGCGGCUGACAGGCCACCACCACCAGCAGGAGGAGGAGGAGGAGCACUCGCAAGAAGAUGUGAUGGGGGCGGGAGGGCAUCACCUGUCGCACGGGAUGUUACAACCUCCGACUCCGGGCAUGAUGCAACCGCACACGCCCGGCGGCAUGUUACAUUCGCCCACCGCGGGCCUAUUGCACCAACAAUCCCCUACCCCGGGCAUGUUGCAACAACCUCCUACACCGGGCAUGUUGCAUUCUCCCACCGCAAGCAUGCUGCAGCAUCCCGUCGCAGGCAUGCUUCAGCAUCCUGUCGUCGGCAUGAUGCAACAGCCUCCGACGCCUGCCCUCAUGCAGCCGUCCACGCCGGGCAUGAUGCAGCCGCCCACGCCUGGGAUGAUGCAACCGCCCACGCCGGGCAUGAUGCAGCCGCCCACGCCUGGGAUGAUGUACCCGCACACGCCCGGGUACGCGGCGCCCUCAACGCCGUUGCAUCACAUGGAGGAGAUGCCUCAUCUGGCGCCGGAUCAGGUGCACUCGAUCCUGCAGGAGCACGAACGGCUGUCGGCCGGCGCGGCGUCGUCGCAGACGCCGUCGCACCGCUCGGAAGACCUGCUCGCCCACCACCAGCCCGUUGGCGGCCUCGGCGUCCCCCCGCCGACGCCUCACCACUCCGGCAUCGACGCCCACCUGCCGCUCGAGCCGCUCGAAGACCUGCACGACGAUCUGCCGCCCAUGGAGAACAUGGGCUACGAUCAGAACCAAAUGGCAAAUAUGGGUUAUGAUGAUCAAUUGAGAGGUCACACACCACCAGGAUGCAUGUCUGAAAGGGCACAUUCACCUUGGACAGGAGACUAUGACUACGACCCUGGUCCGACUGAAGAACAACAAGUUGACGAAACAGAUGAGCAGUUUGAAGAAAGGGUGUUGAAUAAAAGGGCAUAUCAAAUGUUUAACGUUGUUAAACAGAAAUUCCAUAAUGUAGAGCAGAUCACUUUAUCUGAAAUGUGUUUGAGGAAUAACAAAAAACAGGCCGCACAGAAAUUCUACAGUUUGCUAGUUCUGAAAAAGUUCCACGUCCUCGAAUUGGAACAAGAAGUAGCUUACGGGGAGGUGACAGUGUUGAAAGGACCAAGGUUCGAAAAUCCCUCUAUGUAAAUUAUCUUGAUAUUCUAUCGAAACUUAUUCGUUCUUUCGUAUUUAUUUCGGGUUCAACUUUUAUAAGAAAUUGUAUAUACACUUUAUUUUUUCAAAUUAGGGAACCAAGUAUCCAUAGCAAGUGUUUUUUACCAAAGUUUCACUCAUAAUUUUUCUUUUAUUUUACAACAAAGUUGUGACUGCGAGGGUCGAUAUGAUGCUAUUGAAAAUUAAAUAUUUUCUUCUAGUAAUACACAGGACGUUUUUCACUCAAAAUCUUUCAUUCUCAAUAACAUCAGCUUGGCUGUCGUAUGAUAUGUUUAUUUAUAGAAAUAAUGUAUUAUUUUUUAUGUUAUACAACUAGAAUUUAUACAACAGGAGCACGAUCAUAUUUUAUUUUCUUGCAUGAAUUUUUAUAAUUAUUUUUUUCAAACGAUAUUUUUCGAUUUCGCGAGCGCUUUUUUGCUUCUUGUAGUGUAUACUGGGUGUCUAUCAAAAUGAGGUAAAUACGUUAACCAUAGAUAUCCUUUCCAGCGUUGAAAGUAAUUAUUGUUCCAUUAUAAAAAUUCUUAGUAACCUAUUUAAUUUGUUGACUAUUUUGUUGACUAACAGGGUGUUGAGAUAUUUGAAUAAUACCAAGACUUUUGUGAUGUAAUUUUUCUCACGGCAUCAAAGUUCGAAAUAUCAAACUGUUUCAAAUUUUCGAGCAGUACUUUGACAGAUGAGUCGCAUCUUUGAAACGAAAAACAACAUGCGUGUGUUAGUGUUCAAUUUGAAUAUAUAAUAUACAGAGUGGCACAGUGUUAUUGAACAUACAGGGAGAUCCGAAAGUCCGUAGCUCCCCCUUCCAGAACUUCCUUAUUUUACAUUGC